GGUAUUCUGUGCUGUGCUGCCUCACUUCAGAUGAACACAAGUGUGUUAUACAGAUAAAAUAGAUAAAUACGUUUGAUUUCUUCUCCUUGUACCACUAUUACAAUACUUUAAUUUGUCUUCCCACAACACCUGCGAGCCACGAGACCAAGAUGUCCAUGGAAGGCAAGAUCAUCGCUAUCACUGGAGGUGCAUCUGGUAUCGGUUUAGCGACCGCAAAGCUCAUCUCAUCUCGUGGUGCCACGGUCUGUGUAGCAGACAGAGAUCCAUCAGCUCUCGAUGCAACACAGUACCAUUUUUCGAACUUGAAGGUUCCCUUCUCUGUUACCCAGUUGGAUGUCACAGAUCGCGCGGCAGUUGACAAAUGGAUCAACGACAUCGUGGAGAAAUAUGGCGUUUUGGAUGGAGCUGCAAAUUGUGCCGGGAUUAUUGGGAAGCAGCAUGGAAUUACAAAGAUCACGGAGUUGGAAGAUGAGGAGUAUGACAGAAUCAUCGCCGUCAAUUUGACGGGCAUGAUGUAUUGCUUGAGAGCGGAACUGAGGAAGAUUUCAGAUCAAGGAUCAAUUGUGAACAUUGCUUCAAUUCAAGGAGUGAUGGGCUUCGCAGGAAGUGCUGCAUAUGUGGCAAGUAAGCACGGAGUCGUUGGUCUCACACGAUCUGCUGCUAAAGAAUUCGGAGACCGUGGAAUCCGUGUGAAUGCCAUUGCACCGGGGUCUAUAUUUACUCCACUCUUGCAAAAAGCUCAAGAAGCAACUCCAGAUGAACCAGUUGGUACGCCACCUUGCGCUAUCAAACGGCUUGGCACAGCGGAAGAAGUAGCCAGCAUCAUCGCGUUUCUCUUAGGACCAGAGAGUACCUAUAUUUCAGGCUCGGUCCACGGCGUAGACGGCGGCUGGGCUUGCUAGACAAGCAAGUGUUGAAGGGCGUUUCCAGUCUCAUUCUGGUUAUCAAGCGUUGAGUUUGAGGGAGUCAUGCCUAACGCUGCUGUCUUUAUUGUACAGUUUUUCUCAGAGCACCUAGACUUCUUACUUCCGCGUUACUAGUGAUUUGUGUCCAUCUUCGGUUUUGCUUCCUUUAGGGCAGUCCUACUGUAUCAUGCAGCUAAUGCUUAGAGCCCCCCCCUCAAGCUGACUGUAGUCGCGCUUUACUUCCAAUAGGUAUCAAAAUACCCACAAGCGAGGUUGAUGAAUAUGGGACCGACUUCUCUUAAUUUGUUGGUUGUAAGACCUCAUAUACAAGACCAAGCUUGAAUUCCAAGUAUAUUAAACUCUUUAG